AUGGCCCCAAGUCACCCAGAAUUUGUCCACCUGCUUCAUCAACCGAAGAACAAUCAUUGUCUUGCUUCGGACCACCUCCUUUAAAUUGAUCUCAUCUCAUCUUCUGGAGUCCUUUUGAAGGAUCUCCACGUUCCACGUUGUCGUUUGAUCCGAUCUUCGGAUCAUUCAGUGCUCUACGGCUUUCGAGCCGCUGUGUUGUCGCUUUUCCUGAUCACCACUCUUAAAUACUGUCUCUGGUCUCCAUCAACACCAAAAAUCAGCUCGGGUUUCUUGUUGGUAAUGUGAUUCUCGUCGCUGGACGUCAUACUGGAUGGAUUUUCGACGCGCUUCGACUUUUUUCUGGUCACUUCUUUACGGGAUUUUCGGUCAAAUGUGGAGUUUUCAGUCAUCGUGGUAUUCAGAACCAAUUUUUUUAUCAACAACGUCAGGAUCAUCGCCUCAAAGCAAAAAACAUUACUUUAGAUAUUGGCUAAAAUUCUUGUGGGGAAAAUUGACAGGAUAUGACAUAAUAGGGACCUUAGUAGUAGCUUUAGAAUUUUCGACCAUACUUUUUUCAAUUUUUCGAUUAAUUUUGGUAAUUUCAGUGCCUCCCAGCACCGUCGACCAGGCCUUUGGCCAACGUCCGAGCCCAGCAACCGGACGCCAAAUCCACACCGAGCAGGCUGAAGUCUUGCCGCCGGUCGUGGUCCUUCCACUGGAUGGCCAGCACCAAUCCGGCGUCCCAGUGGAAGGAAAAGAGGUGUCGAGCCCCCUACCCGGCCCCUCUGGCUUCGGCCGAAACCCAGCCCGCACCGUUCAGGCCGAGCACCUGCCGGCGGUUGCGGGCUCCCCCCUGGGUGUCCAUCACUCCGGCGCCCCAGGUGGGGAGGGAGGACUUAGCACUAUUGCUAGUCCUACCUGCUCCAGCCCGAUGUACUCCAGGUCGCCGGAAUACAGCACCGGGAACUCAACUCUCCAUGGAGUCCCGUCAAUUGCCUCUUAUGAGGAAUUUGACGCGUAUCAGGCGAUGAUGGCAGAGAAAACGCCGGAGCCACUUGAUGACGAGAACGCCAAGCUGAAGGCGAAGAUGGAAGAAUUGAUUGAAGAAAACCGGCAGAUCCUAAGAGAAGCCGAUGAACUGAGGAAGUCGAAGAAGGUCACAGAAGCCCUGUGGCUGUCAGAAAUGGAAAGAGCCCAGAAGGCCGAAGCCGACCUGGAAGCCGCACAGAAGGCCAUCUUCGAAUUGAAGACAAAAGAUUACCGAGCUGGAAGAAAGCUCGAAGAAGCUGCAAAAGAAAGAGAUGAGGCAAAGGCGGAAUUAGAGAAGGAAAAAGAAGAAAAAUCUCGUCUCAAGAAACGUCUGAGCGAGAUCCUGCGGAGCGCCGAAGCAGAUGCCCGACCAUCAAGAAGAGAACGAUCCAGAAGCCCACUGCGAACGGCACCAACGCCCGACGUCCAGCCUCCCGCAGAAGUCAUCUCGCCCCCGGUCGAACACCAGGUCUUGGAAGGCCAUGAAGACGAAGGACCGCAACAUGAGGCCCCGGGGCCCCUGCGAAGGAUGCCCAACUGCAGAAGAAGGUGCUGUUACAAGCCACCUGUCGGCCCUCGCCUUCCAAGAGCUCCGAGAAGGUCCAGGGAACUUCAUGGACUUGGGCCCAUAACACAAGAUGAAGAAGAGACAGAAGAAAGGCCCAUGAGAAACCGUCAGCCCCCGCCAAGACUUGUCGUGGAUAUGACAAGUCGAAGCUAUGGAACCACAAGGAAUUCCUUGGUGCCUCGUAAGUUCACUGACCCUUGUUUUUUACUAUUUUGGCUAUCGUAAAAUCCCUAAAAUUAACCACUGAGGUAUUUUUUGAAGAAAACAGACACUAUCCACCUGUAAUUCUCAAUAAAGUAUCUAUCAUUCCAGGUAGAAGGGCUCAAAAUCCAUACUGA